ACUGUACGUAGUUCGACAGUGUUCUGACGUCAUCGAUUUGAUGGUCUUCCUUUUCUCGGCGGUUGAAACUGGCUAGGCUGCGUUGUUGUGUCGUUCACUGCUUGCAUUUGUGGCGAAGAUGGCCGCUGGUCCCCUCUCCGCUGUUCCCAACCCGUCCACGAACAAUGAUGGGAUCCUUAUCGGCGACAGAGUUUACUCUGAAGUUUACCUCACUAUCAGCAACUCUCUCAUACCGGAGGAAAGGCUUCAGCCAACCCCGUCUAUGCUCGAUGGCCUCGACCUGCACACUGAGACCGACCUCCGUAUCUUGGGUUGCGAGCUAAUUCAAUCGGCUGGUAUUCUUCUACGCUUGCCACAGGUAAACACUAAAAAUAAAAAUCCAGUACUGUCAACUUCUGAAAAACAUAGCUAGGAACUAUAGUUGGCAUUGUUUUACAACUCGAUUCUUUGUUUAUAUAACCCGUCAAAAUAAGGCCAAGGAAGGGAAAUACACAAGCCAAGGCCUAACUCACAGCUAGCUAAUUUGUUUAUUAGCGUAAUCUAGUAGGCUAACUUGGUCGGUGACGGGUGAAUUUAUGGAAUCAGAUAUGUGUUAUUUAGCGCAAUUAUCUGUGUUCUACUAAUGUUACUUAUUUAAUUAAGUAGUUGAUGUAUACGUGUGCUGCGCGAUAACAUCGGUGGCCGUGGGAUGACAAGAACAAAAUGGCGGAUGUCUAUUGCUGAAUUGAAAGUAACGUUACUUCCGUCUAAUGUAUUUUGUUCUUUACAUUACAGGUGGCAAUGGCUACGGGUCAAGUUCUUUUUCAUCGUUUUUUCUACUCUAAAUCAUUUGUCAAACACAGUUUUGAGGUAAGCCAAUUUGUUUCUCUCGGCUGAUUAGCAACACAACAUUAGUUAGUUUAGCUACGGCAUUCUCUCACAGAUGGAACGAUCUUUGACUCACUGGUGGUGUGCGUAGAGAGAACGUUUACAUUGGCGGCCAUAUUGUCAUUUACUGUAAGUUAGCGUAGCUUGUUUGUCACGUAACCAGGCCCGUUUUGAAGCUGAAACCAUUCCAAACGGAUUGCAGCUAACUAAAACUUGAUUUGAUUUAGCUAACCACUUUAGAUGAACUUAUCAUUGCAAGGCCUCAGAGUAAUGUUAGUGUUUUGAUAGCUAACCACAUCUAGCUACAUACUGUAAACUUUAUGGUAUUCUUGUGUCCCCAGAUUGUUGCUAUGGCCUGUGUCAACUUGGCUUCCAAGAUCGAGGAAGCACCAAGACGAUUCAGAGACGUCAUCAAUGUUUUUCACCAUUUAAAACAGAGUCAUAGAGGCAAAAGGUAAGCAUCCAUAUAGAAACUAUCCUUCAUUUCUGUUAAUUGUAUGUCAACCAUUUGUGAGAAAGGCACAUGUAUUCAUCUUGCAUUACAUUAAUUAGUAACUAUGUUUUAAGUAUCUUGCAUGAUGUUGAUCUGAUGUAUUAAUGUGAAAAAGUGACCUUCUGUUGAUCCAUGUACUCUAAACCAUACUCUAAAACGUUUCAGUUUCCUCAUCUCUGAUCAAUGGUAGUUACAGCAAUAUAUUCACAGCUUCCUACAUAGACAAGUAGAUCAGUGAAAGGUGAUACAUUAACACAUCUAACCUAAAGUGUUGCUUGCCAAGAAAAAACCAACUUGGCACCAGAAGACAAGACACACUGUGCUAGACGAGUGUCUUUCUUUGACCAGAAUAAUCUGUUCAGUUCCAAUUCUAAGGCUGUGGUAUUAACUUGGGUUCUCUUUUCCCUUGCAACCAACUAACAGCGACCAGCUACAUUUACCAAAGCCUGGGUGAUGUGGAAUGGUACGUAGAGAUGAAGCAGUCGGCAUGACAACCAUGAGCGAGGUGUCACCCCCCCCCCCUCCCCUGGGAGACGCCCGUGGUGUGAGUCACUGCGGACAGGUUGGCCGCAGGUCCUAGGCUGGGAGCCUUGGGGACUCCUUUGUCUCAGUCUAAGCUUUGGGUGUUUGCGGACCCUCUGGUAACGUAGCUCAAACACUACAUACUGAAUGUACUACAGAGCAACCUCCCUCAUUCACUAAAUUGCAUUCAUGGCUUUCACAGAAAUAUCACCUUUUUCUUUCCUCUUAGAAUAUUUGCUGAGUUGUUGAUAUGCAUAUGUUCACUAUCUAGAUUUAAUAUUGAGGAGGUUCAAUAUGUUUAAGAGCUGGGUUGGUGGAGUUGUUCGUUUUUACUGUAGAUCAUCACCUGUAAUUGAUGGACAUAAGCAGAGCUCUUCAGACGCUUGCUUUUUAGAGAUUUUGUUGGGGGGAAACCGUUUUUCUCUUGAAAUUGACCAUGGGAUGCUACAUUUAAGUCCGUUUGAAGUAGAUGUACCUAUUCCAUCUGACUGAUUUCAGCUUGUGUAAAAGCUUAGAAAUAUGCACUAUGAACUGAAGCUGCACGCAUUUUCCAUGUCACAUGUUUUUGUCAUCCCACUGAAGUCAGGAAAUAAGUAAAUCCGAACUUGUUUUUGUGCCAUGAAAUGCACGUUUUAAUUGAAACUUUGGUCAUGUUUGCGGUCUAGUAAAUGUUUAGUUAGAAAAUGUAUUUAGUUCUGACUGAGAUCUGGCAUCCGGAAGUAUUAGCUACAGAGUCCUGUUACUACCAUGUCAUAUCAGAGGACCAGAUGGGAAUGCUACCACACUUGCAUGACUUCUGCUGUGGGGUCCUUAAUCUCCUGUGGGCAGGUUCUGCGUGUUGACUGAGAUCUGCCAGGACUGAAUGGGAUGAGAUCUGAGCUGCAUUAGUUCCAGGUUUCUAUCUGGGUUAAGAGAGAUAAUGGGGUCCUUCACAUGCUUCUUAGUGUAGAGGUUUAUGGAAUCAGGGUUCAGAUGAAAAGCAGAUGUCAAUCUCAAUGUGACUUUCCUGGUUAAAUAAAGUAUACAUUAAAAUGUAAUUUUACAUUUUAGUAAUUUAGCAGACGCUCUUAUCCAGAGCGACUUACAGGAGCAAUUAGGGUUAAGUGCCUUGCUCAAGGGCACAUCGACAGAUGUUUCACCUAGUCGGCUCGGGGAUUAGAACCAGCGAUCUUUUGGUUACUGUCACAACGCUGUUAACCACUAAGCCUCCUGCCAGUGACAGUGAUGUCCAAAGUUGAGUAUAUUUACACCCAGUACGUGUAUGAGUCUAGACAAUGAUGUCCAAAGUUGAGUAUAUUUGUUCUCUUUAAAAAACGGAGGUUUUGAUCUGUAAAUGGAAGCAUUUUUGGCCACCCCUCAAAUUUCCAGUCUUGUGGGUCCAUUUUCUUACAACCAGUGUUUUUAUGUGCAUGUUUUGUAGGUAAUCGUAGUGUAUGCCAUACCUUAAGUAUUUUCUUUCCAUAACAUGGUGAGAAGUGUGUUUUGUUUGAUGCUUCCUAAUUGGGUGACUAUGUGACUGAAGUCAGUAAAUUGGUUAUUUUCUUUUACACAGUAUUUGUAAUCAGAUAGCUGACACCUAAGUUGAGAAUCUAUUUUUCCUAAUACAACAAUAUAAGGUGAAGAACUGAAUGGAUAGUCCAUGUUUUUGCCAGGUUGUUUGGUGAUGUUUAGGUUUCUGUUGAUAUUUCUGUCAAAGCUGUGAUGCAUGGUGACUUGGGGCAGACAUGGGACCGUGUGACUCAAAAGCUUCCACUGAAAUCACAGGAGUUAACUAAACCCCCUUAAAACACAAACCAUUUGGGCCUGUUGCUUUAAGUUGGUCAAAGGGGGAAAGAGAACCAGUCAAAGAAAGCAGAAGGGCGCUUUCUUUUAGUCUGUUUUUGAGGGAGGAAAUAUUUUUGGUUAUUUUCAUUCUUUUAUAAAGCAGGAGUGCAAGUUCAUUGAUUCUUGAUCAGAACUACAUUAAUACCAAAAACCAAGUGAUCAAAGCUGAGCGGCGAAUCCUGAAGGAGCUGGGCUUCUGCGUGCACGUCAAGCAUCCGCACAAGGUGAGGCCCUGUCACAUCUCUCACAACACAUACAUCGCAACUGUAGAUCCAACCGGUGGUAUUCUGGCUCAACAGUCACAGCUACAUUCAUCUCUCAACUAGCAUUAGGUCUACCUAUCACACUACACUAACACUACUGUUCAAUUAAGUGUGUGAUAGAUUGUCUGACUCACAUGACACAGCUGUUGUUCUAGAACGUUCUCUUCUCAGUACAGGCUGUUGCUUUUCAUUCUCCCACACCUAGGGAUUGUGGAACCGCGUUGGUUAUUGCAUAAUGUCAACUGGUCUUCUUCCAGAUCAUCGUCAUGUACCUGCAAGUCCUGGAAUGUGAGAAGAACCAGACUCUGGUCCAGACCGCCUGGUAAGUUCAUGGCCUCUUCCCUAACUAACCCAGUGCCCUACGUCACAAACACCUGCUGUAUUACAGUCUGCCUCCACCCCUCUGUAACCUCUUUUCUCUGAUGGAUUCAUUAGUGUCUUAUUGAGAGCUGUUUGUUUUCCUCUUGUCCUUACAUGGCUAUUUAUAGUCUAUGAUUCUGGUGACCAAGGAACUCAGUUUAACUUUGUCCUUUCUCUCUACUCUUUGAUUAAAGGGUAGUCCAUGCUGGUAAGUCUCAUAAAGAACCUCUGAACUCUGCUCCUCCAACCACAUGACCCCAGGAAGCGCCCCCCAUUGGCUGGCUGCCCUUCUCGGAGACAGCCAAUCCAGUGAGAGCUCUCUGCCGAGAUUCACUGAAGGGGGCGGGCCUUUCCCAACUGCCAACAUCGUCUUGUUUUCUCUUGGGGGUGUCCAAAAGGAUUUGUAUUUUUUUUGGGUUGUGCUUCCAAGGUUAAAUUGUUAUUUUUUUUUAACCUAAUGGAUAGCUCUAUAGAUAACUACAAUUGCAUUUUUUUUUUUUUUUGUUACUUGCUUUAGAUUCAAAGUAAACAUAGCCUGAAGUUUUUUUGUUGUUGACUUAACCGUUUUCUGGGUAUGCCUUUUUGAUGCAGUAGUUAAAGUGUACUGUUGAACUGUCUAUUUGAUUUUUCUCCAACUGAUGUGGUCUGCAGACAUGUCUUACAGGCUGAACCUGCUCAGGCUUUGUCUCCAAGGACCUGUCUCGCCACCCAUCAAUAUCCACCGGCCACUUUUAGCAGUAGUCUAUCAAUAGUCCAAAGUUCAAACCCUCUGCAAGUCUAGGGAAGCUGGUUCUGGGGGGACCCCUGUGUGCUCGUUUUCAUUUGAGGCUAUCUGAAUGUUGUCUAAUUGUUCUGAAAUCAUAUGACGGCCCACAUACACAAGGGUCACGCUCCAGGACUGGCUCAGAAUGGGGAAAUAUGGUCAGGCUAUUCAGAGAAGCCCAGUUUAGAUUUCAAUGUCUUCAGAGUAAGUUUUUUUUUUUUUUUUUCCCAACACUAAAGCUAGGUUUUGCAUAUCAGCCCCAGCUUCUAUUGGAUCCCGAAGGGUGCACGUUCUGGGUGGCCAAGGCUGGGGUGGGAUCUGUGUAGGGGUUGCACCAACAGUCUUCUGUUCUGUCACCCCCCUCAUCUUUCUGUUUCAGUCUGUCUGACUGCUUGCUAGACACCUAAACCAUCAGUCAGAAAUGUCCAUUGUCUGUCAGAUGUUGUCAUGUCUUGCCUGAGCUAUAACCUAUCAGGGUCACUGAAUCUCAGACGACUAGCCGCAAUUAGAAGCACACUUUUAAACAGCUUGAACCCUGUUAGCUUCCAUCAACCGUCAUGUCACUGUUCUACACAUGGCAGCUUUGUGUAGGCCUUUUGAUGGGGAGUUCAAGUUGAGGGUUUACCUACCGACUCAAAAUAACAGCUUUUCUAUCUUAACUGUAGAGUACAGCAUGCCUUCCCACAGCUCUAGCCUGACCUGUCCAAUCUGAUCCUUGAUCUGCGGUUAAGGGAAACUUCCAUCUCCUCUCGGCCAAGGGAUAAGUCAUUACCCAUAUGGCCUCUGGUUGCAUUCUAGUAAAGGGCUGCUAUAUAUCUCUGGUCACCUCCACCUCGGUCUGCAUUCACCUUCUGUUUGCAUGCGCACUUAAUAAAGGCAUGUCGUCUGAAUAGUAGGACGCAUGUCCACCUCUGAAUAGGACUUGUGUACUUUUCUUUUGGGCGCCAUAUUGUCUGUUACGGUAAGGACCUGUGGGCUCUAGGCCAUUCUGUACAGACUUGGAUCACCGUCCUGUCCUGUGUACAAGCUUUCAUCUGUGACGCUGCAUGUCCAGCUCAACACCAACAUGGAUGCACCCGAGAGAGAGAGAGACAAAGCUAAACUAAAACUAGAGUCUCCAUACCGUUUGCCUAUUACUAUUUCAGAUGCAUAACUGUCUUUACUGGAGCGGGCACCAACUCUGGUCCCAUAGAGCUGCAGUGUGCAGGCUUUUGUUUCACCCCAGCACUAACAGAUGGUUGAAGUAACAUGGUCAAGCUGGAACAAGCCUGUACACCGUAUAGCUGUUGGGGACCAGACAGAGGUGUUUGCCCAGACCAGUGUUUGUGAUAUGGGGAGGGACAUGAGGCUGUGGGGAGAUGGUGCUAUGUUUCUGUAUGUUGCUUGUGUCUUGUAGGAACUACAUGAAUGACAGCCUGAGGACCAACGUGUUUGUGAGGUUCCAAGCUGAAACCAUCGCCUGCGCCUGCAUCUACCUGGCUGCCAGAGCUCUGCAGGUAUGACUGUAUUGGAUCUGUCUUCUUCUCAUCUCCCACCUCCCUGUUCCCAUCUCUAGUCUUCUAAUUUUUCCUCUCCUGUAAUAGGAUUGGUCUCUUAACCAGUGUGCCCUACCCAUCCUGUUGAAUGGCCCCAUUUGUAGCAUCAUCAACUAAGUGCUGCAUGUUGCUGUGUCUGUAGAUGCCUCUCCCAUCCAGACCUCACUGGUACCUGCUGUUUGGUGCCACGGAAGAGGAGAUCAAGGAUAUCUGCAUCACCACCCUCAAACUCUACACCAGGAAGAAGGUACUGUACAUAUCACCCCUAACCUUGUUCCUCCAUAUAUCCUCCUGCGGUGUGACACAGUACACCUUACCUUCUUAACCCCCCCCCCACCACCCCACCCUCCUAACACUCUCUCUGUUUCUGUGUGCCAGCCUGACUAUGACCACCUGGAGAAGGAGGUAGAGAAGAGGAAGAUGUCUCUGCAGGAGGCCAAGCUGAAGGCUAAAGGGCUAAACCCUGAUGGGACCCCAGCUCUGUCCAACCUGGGGGGCUUCUCUCCCGGAUCCAAACCCUGUGAGUUUACCUUACCAUAGCUGUUCAUUUAAACCCUGAGGUUACCUUACCGAAGCUGUUUAUUUAAUCAAGUGCCCUGCUCAAAUCAAGUCAUCAGAGAUAAAGUGGUUGGAGGGUCCAUAGUUCAACUUGGUGGUUGUGUUGGGUCCGUGGUUCAACCUGUUUAACGACCUUCUCCCUUGAAAUUUUUUUUAUUAACACAAUAAUACACUAUUACAUUUCUAAACAGGGACCAAACGGUCUAAUGACAAGUUAUGUGUCUGUUCCCCAGGUUCCCCCAAUGUAGUGAAGGUGGAGGAUAAAUCUCCAAACAUCCAGACCCUGAAACCUGUAAAGAAAGAACCAGACAGCAGAGCCCAGGGUUCCAAGAGCCCACACAACGGGUAAGGAAGUACUCUUAGACAUAACAAGGCCCAUUUCAAAAAGUAGUUUUUUUUCUUCCAUUUUAAGCAGACACCUCUAAUGGUAAUGGCAUCUUUUCUUUCUCGCUCGCUCUCUGUCUCUGUCUCUCUCAGGCUGAGGAAGGAGGUGAAGAUUGGAAGGAACAGUGGGAGUGGAUCUCGUUCCAGAACUCGCUCGCGAUCACGCUCCCCACGCAGACAGUAAGACUUCACUCUUUCAUUAAUUAUGUGUGCUUUACUUAGUAAACUGGCUGUAAAGUACAGCCAGUUUACUACAGUACUUUACAGCCAGUUACUACAGUACUUUACGGCCAGUUUACCACAGUACUUUACGGCCAGUUUACCACAGUAGUUUACGGCCAGUUUACCACAGUACUUUACGGCCAGUUUACUACAGUACUUUACGGCCAGUUUACCACAGUAGUUUACGGCCAGUUUACCACAGUAGUUUACGGCCAGUUUACCACAGUAGUUUACGGCCAGUUUACCACAGUAGUUUACGGCCAGUUUACCACAGUACUUUACGGCCAGUUUACCACAGUACUUUACGGCCAGUUUACCACAGUAGUUUACGGCCAGUUUACCACAGUAGUUUACGGCCAGUUUACAACAGUACUUUACGGCCAGUUUACCACAGUACUUUACGGCCAGUUUACCACAGUACUUUACGGCCAGUUUACCACAGUAGUUUACGGCCAGUUUACUACAGUACUUUACGGCCAGUUUACCACAGUACUUUACGGCCAGUUUACCACAGUACUUUACGGCCAGUUUACCACAGUACUUUACGGCCAGUUUACCACAGUACUUUACGGCCAGUUUACCACAGUAGUUUACGGCCAGUUUACCACAGUAGUUUACGGCCAGUUUACAACAGUACUUUACGGCCAGUUUACCACAGUACUUUACGGCCAGUUUACCACAGUAGUUUACGGCCAGUUUACCACAGUAGUUUACGGCCAGUUUACUACAGUACUUUACGGCCAGUUUACCACAGUACUUUACGGCCAGUUUACCACAGUACUUUACGGCCAGUUUACUACAGUACUUUACUGCCAGUAUUUUACAGCCAGUGUCACACUCGCAUGUAGUAAUAUGCAUCUGGAGACCACUGUCUUAACUAUUUUCUUUACUGUCUCUGCAGUUACAACAGCCGGCGCAGUCGUUCUGGGACCUACAGUUCUCGUUCCCGCAGUCGCUCUCACAGCCGCAGCCCCUCACCCCGACGCCAUCCGCCCUCCCCCCUCCUCCCACAUCUCAAGCCAAAGCCCAGCCACCAUGGCAACAUCGACCCCAAGCCAUCGAGUCGUCAUAGCAGCAGCGGAGGAGGGGCUCACAAGAGGAAGAGGUCCAGGUCACGCUCUGCCAGCAAAGGAGAGAGGGAACGGGAGAGAGGGAGGGAGCGGGACAGAGACCGCAGCGCGUCUGACCUCUCCUCGGUCAAGAAGCACAAGCACGAGAGAGGUGGGCCUGGGGGGGGACAUCACCGUGGAGACAGGAGGGAGCGGUCCAGGUCAUACGAGCGGGAGCGCACCCACAAGGGCAAACGCCAUAGCAGCAGCGGUGGACACUCGGGGCAUGGGCGCCACCGCCGCUGAACCAGGGUCAGGGGUCAAGAGGAGUAACGUCCACUCCUUAAUGCAGUUCUGUCUAUUUUCUUUUUGGUCUGGUUUCCCACCCCAAUCCUCCCAUUCAAACCUUUUUUAGUUUAAAUGUAAAAUGAUGGACUUGGAGAGAACAUAUUUACAGUGUAAAGAUGGGUAACUGCUGAUUUAUUGACAAUGCUUUGAUUUAUAAAAGCGACUCUUCAGUGGAAGAAGGAAUGAAUGUGUAUUGAACAAUAAAAUAAUCAUUCAGGAAAGACAUCCCAAUAGUUUUUGCACAGUGGACUGAAGGUGACUACCGGCUUCAAUUUGUUUGAUAAUUUCUUUGGACAAAUGUGCGUUCGCUAAAGCCGUGUUCUGUACAGAUGCAAAGGACUACUGGGCUUCUCUAGAAAUAGGCCAUGUUUUUUUACAUCUGGAUGCAGACUCUUGAUUUCAGAACCUUUUAGGAUCGUGGUGAAUUUGUUACACUGGUUUUUAGUCUGCAUGUGUUCAUGUCUGAUUUUUACACAAUAA